CAAUUCAGAGGCUGCUUGCUUAGCACAAUGGCUCUAGCCUUUCUGUGUGGAAUACUGCUAUGGUUGCAUAUCCCCUUGGUUUCUUCGUUGAAUCCCAAAUCGCAGUCUUUGCUUCAGGUUUCGUCUCAGACACCAAGUUCAAGCUUGCAAGACGUCUUCCAGGUCUACACGCCAUUACAAUUCGACCCCAGUGGAGAAAAUAGCUGCAAUGUCGAGCUAUUGCUUAUGGAUCAUGUUUUUGGGGCAAGUUACGGAUUGCCGUUCGUGGGCGACUAUGAACCCCCAAGUUGUGACUUUGAUACCGUUCGGAUCAAUUUAACGGUCACUUCCCAGGGGAGACAAUAUGAUCGACUGGCAUUGAUGUAUCUCGGGGACAAUGAAGUUUUCCGGACUUCGACAGCAGAGCCGACAACAAACGGAAUUGUCUGGACUUAUAUCAAGGAGAUGUCUCAAUACAACUCACUCUGGAAAACCCCCCAGAAGCUGAUCUUUGACCUGGGCAAUAUCAUAAAUGACGUUUACACCGGUUCGUUCAAUGUGACUUUGACAGCACACUUCUCCUACGGACAAGCUGCGAGAACUGCGGAUAUCAUAUUGCCCAUAUCUUCUCAAAAGUCUGCGUCAGAUUCUUCGAGUGCGUUUUCGGUGCCAACAGACAAUACGACUGUGAUGUUCAAGAUUCCGGCUGCAGCAUCGCGCGCCGUUGUGUCGAUCUCGGCAUGCGGUCAAUCAGAGGAAGAGUUCUGGUGGUCUAAUGUAUUUAACCAAGACACUCAAGACUUUGAAAGUACCGUGGGUGAACUUUAUGGAUACACUCCGUUCCGAGAAAUUCAACUUUAUAUUGAUGGCAUCCUUGCCGGGCUAGUCUGGCCAUUUCCCGUCAUCUUCACGGGAGGCGUAGCUCCGGGUUACUGGCGUCCCAUUGUUGGUAUUGAUGCAUUCGAUCUCCGCCAGCCAGAGAUUGAUAUUUCUCCCUAUCUUCCCAUGCUACAAGAUGGUGAACUGCAUUCAUUUGAAAUCCGAGUGACUGGUCUCAGUGUCUCGGCCGAUGGAACAGCUACCCUGGCAAACACUGUUGGUUCAUACUGGGUUGUCACAGGAAAUAUCUUCCUCUAUUUUGAGGAGGGCUCUUCCUCCAAGGCUGUCACUAAAGAAGACAGACAAGGCCCACAAGUGGAGGCACCUUUACCAACGUUUUCAAUCUCUCGAAAACUUGCGCACAAUGCUACUGGAGGGAAUGACUCUUUAUCAUACUCCGUGGUGGCCGAGAGAACAUUCAAAGCAGAGUCUUCUCAAUUUUCAUGGUCUCAAAAAUUGUCUUUCUCCAACUAUGGCCUUCUCAAUCAACAGGGAUACAGCCAAGUCAAUACACAGCUUACUACUGGAAUGAACAUUAUCACCGAGCGUGGCGACACAUACACCUCAAACAGAACUUCCUUCGAAUACCCAUUGGUUGUGAACGCAACCUACGGCAUUACUACAAAGGAGCUGACAAUCAACUCUUCGAUGUCGAGAGGCUUCAACUUCGAGACAACCGGAGGACUCGGAGUUUCCACUUACAGCUUAACCUCAGGACCAUCGUAUCUUCGCACUACUCAAUCUGGAAAAGCACAAUACAGAUCAGUUUCUGGUGGAUCUUCAACUUCAUGGGGUGACACGGUUGAGAAAUAUCAAAGCGAAACGAAUGGAAAAGCGUACCAGCAGUCUGUUCACGCAGUUAAUGGGACUGUCCUGUAUAAUAUGGAUUCCCAAGACAAGGCCCAAACAUCUUCACAAAACCAGGAAUCAGGGCGAGGCAGUGUGAGAGCUAUUCUUGGAAAGGGACCUGGGUCUCCUGCACCUUAG